UUCAGCUCCUCACAUGCUUUUAGCUCUUUCAGGAGGCCUCGCAGGUGCAUUAGACAAUACUCAUAAUAACUCUCAUUUACCAGCUGGGGCUGGAGCUGUUAACCCAAACGCUACAAAUCUUGGUUCCAACUCGAAGAAAAGAUUCAGAACAAAGUUUACUCAGUUGCAGAAAGAUAGGAUGCUGGAGUUCGCGGAGAGAGUUGGAUGGAAGAUGCAGAAACGAGAUGAAGAACUUGUCCAAGAGUUUUGCAAUGAGGUUGGGGUUGACAGAGGGGUGUUAAAAGUUUGGAUGCAUAACAAUAAGAAUACUUUUGGGAAGAAAGAUCAAGCCAACGGAGGAGGGAGUGGAGGUGUUGGAAGUAGGAAUAAUGGCAGUGGGAAUAACAAUAAUAUUGAUAGCGGACUCAACCAUGAAGAAAACAAUGAGAGUCAUGAGAACAACAACAACAGUGGUCAGAAUCUGAACCAUCACUUUGAGAGUGAUAGUGUUGCUCAUGUUGGAACUAAUGGCUCUUCUUCUUCCUCUUGAUGUUGUUGAUGAGCUUCAUCUUGUCUUUCUGAUGGGGAGAUAAUAAGCUGUUAGAUAGAGUAAGGACUUGUUUAUUAGCUGUUUCUUUUCUUUGCUUUUUUCCUUACUUCUCUUUUCCUUCUGAUCAUUUUGUUCUUAAUUAGUUUAAUUAAUGAUCAUCACUUUGUUGAGGAUAUAACAUGGGAAGAGCUUUGAUGCAAAAGGGAAUUUAUUUUCUUUCCUUCA